AUGAGCUCAUCAUCCAUGGUGCAACCCAUAGCCAUAAUACUCCUGGCUGUAGCCAUCGCUACCGGCCUCGCCGUCGGCAGCUCGUCCAUCAUCAACGCGACGUGCGCGGCGCUCAAGCCCCUGCAGCCCUACGACUACUGCGUGGGCGUGCUCUCCGCCGACCCGGUCGCCGCCGCUGCCACGGACGUCCGCGGGGUGGCGGCGGCCGCGGUGAACAUCACCACGGUCAAGGCCGCGUCCACGCUGCGCGUCAUCAGCUACCUCGUCGACGAGCUCACCACCUGCCGCAGGUACUACACCAACAUGGUGAAGUCGCUGGUGGACGUCCUCAUCGACUUCGACGCUGGGCGAUUCAAGAAUGCAUCGCUCGAGAUAUCGGCCAAUGCCACCGGUGUGCCGAUGGACUGCGAUAUACUGUUGUUUGAGGGGAACGCCCAUAAGGAUCCAAUUACACAGGAGAAUGGUGAGAACGACCUCCUGGCCCGCCUAGCAAGUGCCAUCAUAGAUCUGCUGAUAAGUGGCGGGGAGCUCAAGCCCGGCAAUGAGAAGCUCAAUCUGGGCCAUGGCCUGCUCGAGGGCUAA